UCCCUCCAGGGGCAGCUCCUACAACAUGGAUUCCGGGGACCUCCCCUUUGCUCAGUAUAGCCUCCCUCAGGGUGAGGCUGGGGGCUCCGAAGAUGUCACCCUCCCUCCCUGCCUGCCCCAUGGCCGCUCGCCCACCUGCGCCCGCUGCCGGAACCACGGGCUCACCGUCCAGCUCAAGGGCCACAAGAGGCGUUGCCUGUACGAGGCCUGCAAGUGUCAAAAAUGCAUCCUCAUCCUGGAGCGUCGCCGCAUCAUGGCCGCUCAAGUAGCCCUGAGGCGGCAACAGGAGUCGCAGUUGAAGAAGCACCUGUCCGCAAGACUGCUGAAGGGUCGGGGGUCCCCGGUCGCAGCCUCUCCUCUUGUGAAGAAGGAGCCCAACGAGCCGGAAACUCCCAAACCCGGGAAAGAGAAUGUGAAGCCCUAUCCGGAAAACCCUCAGGGAGGAUUCUUUCUUCAGGCAACCCCACCGCCUUCCCUGUUACCUGCCUUAAAGGAGAGCUCCCACAAACCCUUACUGCUCAGCUGGUCCACGGAGGCUGUCCCAGUGUCAUGGCGUCCGGUCCCCUCAGGCCCCUCGGUCCCAAGGCACUGGGUCCCGCCUGCCAUCCCUGGGCUGUCGCCUCCCAUUCUCUGCCGUCUGGUCCGUCAGGAGCCCACACUCCGUCUGCAACGACUUUCUGGCCUUGAAACCAGUUCUUCUUUCCUAUUGCCAAUCCAAGGGCAUCCCUUGCCCUCUGUAGGUCCACGCCAACCUCUUCCCCCUCCAUCCAGAGGGGAGCCCUGCCACUCCCCUUCUCCAACUCAAAGACCCUCAGCCUUGAUUCUUCAGCCCUGUGAUCCUCCAGAUCCACUGCAGCCGCAACCCCAGGUGACCGGGACCUCCUCCCUGGCUUGGUCCUCCGCCCAGGCCAACGAGUACCAGUUGCAGCGGGAAGCGGCCGAGGCCCUGAUGGUGCUUAGAGGCUCACGCCAGCCUCGCAGCCAGCCUUCUCCUUCCCAGGCCCCCCCUGCCCCAACCGUACCCUCCAACCCCGGCUGGCUGUCUCAGCUCCACCCCUCUGCGCUGCCAGAGCCAGCCGGAGGAAGAGGACGCCAGAGUUCGGAUCCUGUGCCGCCCCCCAAUGUAACCCCCCCUGUGGCCCUGCACAUUGGUCGUCUUGGCUCCAUUUCCCUCCUGAGUUAGGAUCCCUGUUGGAUGGGGGAGGGCCUCACUUCCUACGCAGCCUGAAAGCCAGGGGCAUCUUUUAACUGUAGCAAUAUAUAGGUACUUAGGAGUGAGAGCUGAAUUGAUUGGUGUUUUAACAAGGGGUGUUUUAAUGAGGUCCACUGUUUGGGAGUGGCCUCUUCUUCUGAUCCCCAAAGGGUUUGCUUUCCUUGUUCUUUUCUUCUCCUUCAUACCUGAAGGCCUUUCGGUGCUACUGGAAAAUAAAGUUGUGAGAC